GCCCACAUCCAAGAUGGCGCCCCCAGGAGCAGGGAGCCGUUGACCGGCGGCGGGUAAGCGGCCUGGGUUGGCCCUCCGAUUGCGGGAUCCUGGGGGCAUCUCGCCGGGGACCCCCUGGCCCGCCUAGAAGGCCUUCCCUGGGCCCGAGCAAUGGCUGCCGAGAAUAGCAAGCAGUUUUGGAAGAGGAGCGCCAAGCUGCCGGGGAGCAUCCAGCCUGUGUAUGGAGCACAGCACCCUCCUCUGGACCCUCGGCUCACCAAAAACUUCAUUAAAGAACGGUCAAAAGUCAAUGCAGUUCCCCUGAAGAAUAAGAAGGCCUCCAGUUUCCAUGAGUUUGCCCGGAACACCAGUGAUGCUUGGGACAUUGGCGAUGAUGAGGAAGAGGACUUUUCCCCCCCUUCUUUCCAAACUCUGAACUCAAAGGUUGCUUUGGCAACUGCAGCUCAAGUCCUAGAAAACCACAGCAAGCUGAGGGUGAAACCAGAACGGUCCCAGUCAACAACAUCCGACAUUCCUGCCAACUACGUCAUAAAGUCCAGCAGUGAUGCCCAGCUGUCCAGAAAUUCCAGUGAUUCAUGCCUGAGGAAUGCACUCCACAAACAGCAGUCACUCCCUCUCCGACCCAUCAUCCCCCUUGUUGCCCGGAUCUCAGACCAGAACGCGUCUGGGGCACCCCCGAUGACUGUCCGGGAGAAAACCCGCCUAGAAAAGUUCCGUCAGCUUCUCUCCAGCCACAACACUGACUUAGAUGAGCUGAGGAAGUGUAGCUGGCCAGGUGUUCCCAGGGAGGUUCGGCCUGUAACCUGGAGACUCCUGUCGGGCUAUCUCCCAGCCAACACCGAGAGGAGGAAGCUGACCCUGCAGAGGAAGCGGGAGGAGUAUUUUGGCUUCAUUGAGCAGUAUUAUGACUCUCGAAAUGAGGAGCAUCACCAGGAUACCUACAGACAGAUCCACAUUGACAUUCCAAGGACGAAUCCUCUCAUUCCAUUGUUCCAGCAACCACUUGUACAGGAGAUCUUCGAAAGAAUUCUAUUUAUUUGGGCCAUCCGACACCCUGCCAGUGGGUAUGUCCAGGGAAUUAAUGACCUGGUCACUCCGUUCUUUGUCGUCUUCCUCUCAGAACAUGUGGGUAAGAAGCAUGAGUACCAAGUUGAACAAGCUCUUGUUCUUUCUCAUCUUUAGUGUGUUUGUUUUCCC